GCUUGAAGCUGAAAAAGCUGGCUGCCGAUGGCGGAUCCUGACACAGUCCUCGAGUACAAUGCUGUCAUUGGUGCUCGUGGCAGAGAAAGCCGUUGGUCAGAGUCUCUGGUCCUGUUGGAGCUGUUGGUGCAACGAGGUCUGGUGGCCACCAUGGUGUCGAGGAGCGCUGGGCUUGGAGCUUGUGCCAAAGCUCAAAGGUGGCAGAACAGCAUGGAACUUCUUCAAGGUCUUGUCAGAGCAGAAACAUUGCGUCCCAAUGCUAUUCCUUUCAAUGCAGUGAUCAGUGGAUGUGGCAAGUCUGGUGAGUGGAAGUUGAGCCACCAAACCCUGGAAAUCCUGCGCUGCAGUGGCAUCCUGCCCACCUUGCUGAGCUUCGGCGCCGCGUUGACAGCCAUCACCACUGGUGUCCUGGUUGACACGUGGCUGAAAGCGCUUCAUCUCUACUCGCAGAUGUGGUGGAUGCAUUUGCUUCCCGACUUGGUAGCCUUCAACGCGCUGGGCAGUGCAGCUGCAGUAUCGGGGCAAUGGCUGCUGAUGCUGCGGCUGAUGGAGGAUGCCACGAAGAUGCGGCUACAGUGCGAUGCCAUCACAGGAACUGCCCUGGUGAGUGCAUGUGAGACUCUAAGCGCCUGGCAAGAAGGGCUGGUGAGCUGGAGAUCUUUGCGGCAGGAUGGCAUGGCAGUCAACUUGAUCCAACUGAACUCUGUCAUCAGCAACGUUGGAAAAGGUCUUUGCUGGGAUCUCGCAGCAGAGCUGCUGCAGAUGUCGCUGCAACCGGAUGAAGUGACCUUGACCGCCAGCCUGGCGGCGUGCUGUGACGCCAUGCAAUGGGACACUGCUUUAGACUGCUUCCUCAUGGCCACAGGUGGUUGGAGCUCCAGAGCUUCCGUGACAGCGCUGCUGGGUUCCUUGCGCGGUGCGCAGCAGUGGCGCAUGGCGUGGCACAGCUGGGAGCAGUUGCAGGUGUCGCCGGACCUUCCCUGCGUCAAUGAGUUGGUAUCCACCAGUGCCCUGAGCUUUCACUGGCCCCAAGCCCUGGUGGAUUUCCACCUGCUGCAGGAGCUGCGACUGAAAACAGACACGGUGGCCUUGAAUUCCUUGCUGGCUGCCUUUUUGCCGCUGGGGAAAUGGCAGCAGAUCAUGCUGUAUUUGGAUGACAUCCGCGACCUCAAAGGGUUCUGCUGUGUAGCUACCUGCUAUGCCCGUGCGGCGCAACGAGAGCGGCUGCUGGCGCUUCUGAGGCACUCAAACUCCCUGAGGCACCGCGCCCCCGCGGUGGCAUCUUCUUGCCCGAGCCGGAGUGUAAGAAGAACGCCAGCGGACUCGCACCUAGCGCUGGCGCAACAAGGUUGCGAAGGAGCGCGCCAAGGCGGCAAUGCACCGCCGCGCGGCACCUUCGCACAAAGACCCUGGAGCUGGAGCGGCUAGAUGUGGGAAGCCUCACUUUGGCGGCAGGAGGAACACGUGUUCCACCUGACCUCUUGGUAUCCCUGCGGCAGCCGUGUCUGAUGCGGUUGAGACAAAAAGCUCGAACUGGGAUGGCUGACCCCAAUGGUCACUAUGAGUCAUUACCCUUCUGGGUUCCAAUUUUGAGGCUUGAAGCC